UGAGUUUUAAAUAUUAUUAUAUUGUCAUUGUAAUCGCUAACAGUUUCUUCUAAACUUAACUGCACGUGGCACAGUACGCGAGUUCCUGUUUCUUUUGUUCGCCAAAAUGACCGUUACGUCGGCUGCAAGUCACGUUUUCAAUUUCGAUUUACUCUCACUAUUCAUCAUAAUUUUGUAACUUUUUAACAUAGCAGUGAUACGGUUACAGUUUUGAAUAGUUUGCCUUUACGUUCAAGCAAUGGCUGACACCGCAGAAGUGAGCACAUCGUCAGCGACCGAGCUGCUGAGCACAGGUCGCAGGAACCUUGCUGUGAGAGACUUCAGUGCGGCCGCCGAGGCCUUGGCCAAAGCGUGUGAACUUCUCGCGAAGGAACACGGAGAUACGGCUGAUCAGUGUGCUGAAGCUUAUUUGUGGUACGGCAAAUCCCUAUUAGGAUUAUCAAGAGAGGAAAGUGGUGUUCUUGGCGAUGGCAUGCCAGGAACCGGGAAUGCUGAUGAGAAUGAUGAUGACAAUGAAGAAGAAAAUGGUGAUGACGAACAAAACGGUGAAGACGCAGAGAUGAAUGAGGCAGCUAGUGAGGAAGCGGAAAAGAAGGAAGUUGCAGACGAAGAAAUGGAGAAGAAUGAGCCCGAAUCUACCACCAAGGACGAUGAGCCUGGAAGCAGCAAACCUGGCAGUAACAAGGCCGCUGCUGAUUCUGGCGACAAUGAGGAGCCGGGAACAACAAAUGGUGAUGUGAAUGAUGAGUCUGAAGUGAAUUUGGAUGAAGAUGAUGUGGAUAAUCUGCAGUUAGCUUGGGAGAUGCUGGACCUAGCCCGCAGUAUCCUACAGCGUCGCGCACAGGCCGACAGCGGGACGGCGGCGCGCGCCUUGCUGGCCGACGUGCAUCUCGCGCUCGGCGAGGUGGCGCUCGAGAGCGAGACUUAUGACAAGGCCGUCAUUGACAUGCAAAGCUGUCUGGAGCUCCAGAAGGAACUAUACGGUAGCGACGACAGGCGCAUUGCAGAAACGCACUAUCAAAUUGGGCUCGCCAACUCCCUGGCUUCAAACUUCGAAGACGCGAUCACCCACUUCAAGAACGCGGCGAACAUUCUAGAAACCAGAAUUAAGACCCUAGAGAAUCCAGCUUCCGCCACAGACGAUGCUACCGUCAAGAAGUACACCACGGCAGACCCCCAAUACUCUGUGGAAGGUGAAAUCAAGGAGUUAAAGGAGUUACUGCCAGAAAUACAGGAGAAGAUCCAAGACAUGAUGGACUACAAAGCAGAGACGAUAAAAAGGGUGAGAGAAACGCUCUGCCCCUCCAAUGGAGACGGCGCGUCCAGUUCCGCCGGCUCUAGUUCCAGUACAAUUGCCAGUGCCAGUGCUAGUACCGCCAGGGCCGCGCCCGCAUCGGACAUCUCCCAUCUCAUCAAACGCAAGCGCAAAUCCAGCGAGGGUGACGCAGGCGCGUCCGCCCCGAAGAAACUCAACACGUGAAUUAUACAAGUUUAUCAAUAUGACAGAGACCUGUGUGCAGUGAACGGUGAUUUGUGAAUUCGUACUUUUGUAGAUAAUCUCAAUGGGUAACAUACCGAUUUUAUUGUUAGGCGCCUGUCUGGAAAAGUGAUACAUCGUAAGCAAUAAGCAUGAUAAAUGUUUAAAUUUGGUUAGGAGUUAUUGAAAACCUUUUAUAAAAUUCUAUGCUUAUAAUGUUUAAAAUUACUAUAGUUUUUGCGGCCUAACUAACGAUGGGCGUCAACAGACUGUUAUUCAAGCUUAAGAUUUCUAUUGCAUCCAUACGAGUGCUAUAUUGUUUUAUUUUAUGCGAUGAAUUGAAAAGUGUAAAAUACUUCUUAUUUUGAUGUUAAAGUAAAAUCAUCACAGAUUACCGAAUAGCCGUAAAAAUUAGAUAUUCAUACCAAUUUUGGGUAUGAGUUGACGAGCACAGGUUUAUCUUUUUAUAUUGUUUGAUGAAAGUUAAUUUUUAAAGAAAAAAUGUGUCAUUGGCACAAAAUAUGAACAGACUGAGUUAUUUAGUGCCGGUUAUUUAAUUAAAUAUAGGUAAACGUGAAUGUUAUUUGAACUUCGAAUUAGAAAGUUAAAUUAUUUUUACCAAAUAUCCUGAAUGUCCCAACAUUGGGACAAAAUGUAGCAGUUUCUGCGUUUAUUUCGAAAACCUGUGGUUACCUUCAACUUUGGAUUGUAGUUAAUUGCAGGUUUAUGUAAUCUCCACAAAAUACUUCAUAGUAGUCUUAACCCCUGUGUCUAAAGUUAAAAGUAAUAAUUAAUUGUAAUUGAAUCUACAAAACAUAAUAAUAACGUCAUAGAAUUAUGUUUUGCCAGUAGAAAGUAUUUCUAGUUUUUUAUUUUCUUACAUUUCGAGGGUUAUUCGUUUUUUUACACCUGUUAUUAGUUACGAUUACAAUUUAACAACUAGGUUAAAUAAUGAUAGACUAAAUUAAAAUACCUAAAGAUCACAAGCUGCGUACAAUGGAUUUUAUUACAGCGGUUCUCAACGAUGUUCUUUUGAAAGAUAAAAUGUAGUACAUAUUUGUAUACCUUUGGAAUAGCUGUGCAGGGCAUAGGUAUACGAUACGUUUCAUAUUGCAAUAUAUGUAGGUCUACUUACGCAUAAUUCAGUCAGUGCUUGAGGUAUGGGGGGUGGUACGGGAAGGGUGUCAUAUAGUAACAUAUGACCUGACAGAACAUACGUGCAUACAAGUCUGAAGCACACCUGCCCCCCUAGACAAAACGCACUUUU